AUGGGCGUGGGUGAGCAGUACCGGGACGCAGACCCGCCGUCUGUCCAACGGGCCCAGGAAGGUUCCCAGCAGCAGCUCCGGGUCCCUGUCUGCGCUUGGCAUUCCCCCUUCCCCCACGUUUGCAUCAAUAACUUGGCCAAAGAAGGCGUGCUUAGCAGCUUUGCUGACAGCCUGACCUCAGCAGGAGUAAGGGCACUUCUAACUCUAGGACCUGCGAUCUUACGACCUAUGAUGAGCUUUGUGUCCUUCAGAGGACCUGGCACUGUGUCCGGGUCAGUCACCGGGCUUGGCCAAAGCUCUGAUUUCCUACAAAGAGCCAACUCUGAACACAUGUACCUGCCCAAGGGCAGAAUUACCAGACGAGAUGCAAAAACAAUGCGUUACAAACACAGAUUUCCCACCGGCCGGGUCCUGAUUGAUACAAUAGCCUACACGGCCCUUGCACUGAAGCAGCUAACAGGCCAGCGGGCACAGCCCACGGCGGUGAGAAUUAAGACCCCACGGUUACCGACAGGCACGGCGGUCUGUGGACAUCUCCAGGGCGCUGCUCACUCCUGGGAGUCCCCAAGAGAAGUGAUCAUGCCGGUGUGGACACAGGGUGGCCCUGGGUCCACGAGCCUCCAGCAGGCAAGUCCAGGAGGGCAGCGAGUGGAGAGUGGGGACACCACGGGCCCUGUGUGGGAGGGGCUGACAUGGCGGAACCUCCUCUGGGGCGGCCCUCGGCCCUUCCCUCCUGCGCUGUGUGCUUCUCGACAGCCGCCCUGCGAAACAGGGGCUGCCGUUCCCCACUUGACAGAGGACCGUGGGGCACAGAGAGGUCAAGUCACUUGUCCCACACCUCCCAGUCCAUUAGCCUGGAACUUCAACUUCGAGGACCCUCACUGGAGCGCGUGGACCCAGGGUGCCCCCUGUGCCUUGUGGGUGUGGAGACCAAGAGCUGCGAGGACGUUGGUUUGCAGAACUGUUCCUGAGUCUGUAUGUGGGGCCUGGCACACGCUCAGCUGCCCAAGCUUCCUCUCUCCCUGGGAGACCGGGACUGACCCGGUCCCCCUUCUACAGAAGGGGACACGGGCACACACUAGAUGCUGUUUCAGCACAGAAGAAAACAUGCUUGGAAGCAAGGCUGUUAAUGGAAAGGUGACCCCAUACGAAAACCACCCGCAUUGUAACAGAACCGGAUCAUCUCGGAGCACAAACCACCGCGAACCGAGCCGCCUUCACCUCCUGCCCCCGGGAUCCCCGUGGGGCAUUCCGGGCGCGCCUUCCCGAGGCCCGGGCCGAGAGGCAGGGACGCCCCCGGGCGGCAGCGGCGCUGCGACGGGGCCGCGGCGACCCCUCGGGCUGGCGGGCGGCCCUCCCCCGCGCCCCCGGCCUGACCCCGCGCCCCCGCCCCGCCCCGCCCGCCGGCCGCGAUAA